UGUGAAUUAAAUAAGGAGCUGGAGAGGCAGGUACAUUUCCGGCAACAAGCGCAUCGCCUUAUUGCCGAGGUGAGGGCCGACCUGGAGAAGCAGAGCGGAUAUAUAUCUGUAGAGAAAGAUCUUGACAACAACACAAAGUUCCAACCCUUGAAACUAAAAAGGUUAUCAUUAACCAAACCCAACAUCAACUUGAGCCCCAUCUCGUCGCCUGGGCCCACAGAUACCAGAGAAGAUGUGCCCACCCCUACGCCUCCUCCACAUGACGAAGAUGAAAUCUUUGACACCCAAAACAGUUUACUCAAAGUUCCAGGUUUAUCAGAAGAUGGUUUAACAGAUUCAGUGACCUUCUGGGACAUGUUAUCGACAUCUUCACAAGAGGAACUGAAAGACACCAACCAAUAUGUAAAGAGUGAAACCGAAGCGCUGGAGCGUGAACAGACGCAGAUCGAUGAGCGUGCCGCGAGCCUGGAGAUGGAGCUACGGACGGUCAUGAAGAAAGGCAACAAUCGGUCCAAGGAAGAGCAACUGAUGCAAGAAUGGUUUCUUCUGGUCAACAAGAGAAACGCUUUGAUUCGGAGACAGAUGCAACUCAACAUUCUAGAGAAAGAGGAUGACUUAGAAAGGAAGUUCCAAUUAUUGACACGAGAGAUACGGAACAUUAUGGACAUUGACGACUGGCAAAAGACGGAAGCACAGAAGAAGCGAGAGAAACUGCUCCUGGACAAGCUGGUUGCCGUGGUGAACAAGAGAGACGAGUUAGUGCAGCAUCUGGACACACAGGAGAAAGCUAUUGCCGAGGACGAGGAACUUGACUUGAAGAUCAGUGAGGGCAACCUGCUUCGCAAGGAGAAGAUUUGCAGUGUGCAGUGAUCCUGAGCCAACGUAAUCCCUCCAAACUCACAGCAGCACAUCAUACAAGGGUCCUGAACAAGCUGUGGACCUUAAACUUUCAGCAUCACGUCUUUCAAUGAACCUUUUAAAAGGACUCUGUGUGUGUUUUUUUACACACAAACUUACCAAGGGAGAGAGAAUCCUUUAGGGUCACUGUGGAUAUUUUGAAACCCCUAAAACUGCAUGAUGCAGUGAUCCCUUUAAGGGAAACCUCGGACCUUAAACCUUCAGCAUAACAUACAGCGAAUUAUUGUGGCUUGCGGACCCCUACCCUAACACCCCAGUAUUACAAGGUACACUAAAUUCUCAAAGGUUUGCCAACCUUAACCCCCUGCUCCCCAUCGACUCCAGCAUGACAUGGUACCCUGAAUUUUUGAGGGGCCUGCCACCCUUAACCCACUAACUCUCCCUUAACUGCCUAACUCUUCCUCAACUGCCUAACUCUCCCUUAACCCCUAACUCCCCUUAACCCCCCCCCAACUCCCCACUCAAAUCCAGCAUCACAUGAUACAGUGAAUUUUUUCCAGGGUAUGUUGACCUUAACUUUUCCCUAGCUUCACUCCAGCAUUACAGGUUAACUGAAUAUUUAAGGGUCUGACACCCACCUCCACCCCAGCCUCACAUGUUACAGUGGACAUUUAAGGGCCUGUUAACCUUAAGGCCCUUUCCUUCUCCUCCCCAACUCUAACAACACAUGGUACAAUGAACUUUUAAAGGGUCUGUUGACUUAAUCCCUCCUCUCCCCUACUUCACUCCAACACCUCAUGAUACAGUGAAUUUCUGAAGGGUCUGCCAAACCUAAACCUCAAACCUUUCACCCCAGCAUCACAUGGCACUGUAAACUUGAACCUUUUCUAUGUACUUUGCUGUACUUUAACUGUACUUUACACACAAGCGCCCAUCAGGGUUCUUCAGAGACCCUGUGGACUUGAAAACUCAGUACUGCCCUUCCCUAACACUCUGUAGUUUAGGGAUCAGGUCUGAAUGAAACCCUCAACCUCCCUAUGUCACCCAACUCAACUUCCUUAAUCAAUGGACAUAAUGUAAGGGGGCUGCUUGGUUGAUUUGGACCCUACCCUUCUCACUACAACGAUCUGAAUGAAUCCCUUGUAACCCCUGAUUAACUAAAUAUUAGUUAGGGGUUACUAAGCUUCUGACUAAACACCGUACAGGAAUAUCCUUAAAAAAACUCGCCACUCUAGACCCCUUAAUUCAUUAAAGCCCACCCCAAAAAUCCACAUUGUACAGAAACUUUAAGGGACCUUUUGUACCUGAAUAUAAAAUUUAAAAAAAAGCUGGUUGUAAGGGAUUCCGUAUGUAUUGAAACUAUUAACAGAAGCCCCUAAAUCAGAAAGGGACCUUUUAAGAGGCCCUUGUUCUUAUUCUCUUCCUUUGAAAUCCCAGAUUUGCUUUGUAUUGUAAGAUAGAGGGAGCUGUUUAUAUUUGUACCUUAAUGUUUUGAAAGAAAGGGAAAAAAAAAGGAACAGAUGAAAUGGGAUCCCC